UAAACGUACAAAAUCCACUCCCCGCUCAAAGCCACGUCCAAUUUUCGUUGCUGGUAACGAUCAUAUUCCCCAAUCCAUUGCCUCCUCUUCUCUCAUGGAUUUCACUAGCUCCAUUCAUCAAUCUUCUUCUCUCUACCCCUACUAUGUCCUUCUCAAUGGCUUUUCUAUUAUACCCCUUUCGCAUUUUCUCUUUGCGGCUGCUGUUUUCUCCGUCGUGUUUCUGUACAAUUUUCUCGAGUUUCACUUAGUUGGAGAUUUCUUUCUUGGGUUUCGAGGCAACCCAAUUCGCCUUACCCACAACCCCUCGUCUGCAUUGUAUAAUAGUGUCGUUUCUCACUGUAAAAUCCUUCAUGGCAGGUAUUUGGCUACCCUCUGGCUUGCAAGUCCUCAUUUACAGACGUGCUUUUUAAGUUUCGGUGGGAGACCACCGGUUUUCAGCUACAGAAGACAGAUUUAUCAUGCUUCUGAUGGUGGAACAAUUGCUUUGGAUUGGUUAACGCAUUCUGAUGUUUCAGGAGGCUCUUUUCUCAUGAAUAAUGCCAUUUCUAAAGAAGACAAAAUUCCUAUAGUGGUUGUGAUUCCUGGCUUAUCAAGUGACUCUGCUGCUGCUUAUAUAAAGCAUUUUGCCUUCAGUACAGCAAAACGUGGGUUGAAUGUUGUUGUUUGUAAUCAUCGAGGAUUGGGCGGUGUUUCAAUUACUUCUGAUUGCUUUUACAAUGCUGGAUGGACAGAAGAUAUACGAGUAGUCAUUAAUUAUCUCCAUAAUGAAUACCCCAGUGCUCCUCUAUUUGCUGUUGGAACUAGCAUUGGUGCCAACAUUCUGGUAAAAUAUCUUGGGGAGGAUGGAGAGAGGACUCAUGUUGCUGGAGCUGUAGCCAUUUGUAAUCCAUGGGAUCUCAUGAUUGGAGAUAGAUUUAUAAGCCGCAGGCUGUUGCAAAAGUUCUAUGACAGGGUUCUAGCAUUUGGCCUUCAAAAUUAUGCAAAACUACAUGAGCCUCGAUUUUCUAGGCUUGCUACUUGGGAAGGCAUAAAAAAGUCACGUUCUGUUCGAGAUUUCAACAGCCAUUUGACCUGCCAUGUUGGGAAAUUUGAGACUGUGGAUACAUUCUACAGGCGCUGUAGCAGUUCCUAUUACGUUGGAAAUGUGUCAGUACCACUACUAUGCAUCAAUGCUCUGGAUGAUCCACUCUGUACUAGGGAAGCCAUACCUUGGGAUGAAUGCAGGGCAAAUAAAAAUAUUGUGUUGGCCACACCGAAGCAUGGAGGACAUCUGGCAUUCUUUGAAGGAUUAACUGGAGCCUGCUUGUGGUGGGUGAGGGCAGUUGAUGAAUUUCUUGUUGUUCUACAUUCUAGUACUUGCAUGCAUGUCCAAAAGGACAUUUCUAGUUUGCAUUCAUCAGAUGGAACUGCAAUUGAUCAGGGCCCAUAUGUGAACAUUGCAGAAGAUGGAAUGGUGGCUUCAGUGUUCGGUCAGGAACCAAGAGAUCAUGUGUCUGAAGAGAUUAAAGAAAUGAUUUCUGAUAUAGGACAAGAUGAUCACCAUACAGAGACUACUCAAACCUCAGAACAGCACACAAACAUAAAUACCAAGUCUUCUGAUGUAACUGCUCCAGUAAGAAAAUGCCUGAAUCAGAUUUCUCGGCAGACUCAAAAAUCAGCAUUGUUGCUUACAAGAAAAAUCUUCCCUGCAGCUAUGCUUAGAAGAUAAUCCCAUCAUGAUAAAAAUUGUUGAAAGUACUGUGUAUCAAGUGAUUAGUUUAGUUCUGUGUUAUGCUCCAAGCAGACACAUUUACAUUUUUUUUCAUGCCUAUUGUAGCAUGAUUAACAAUUAUAUGGUGCUGGUGAAAAUGAAACUGGAAAUCAAUUCUUGA